AUGAAGAAAACUCGUUUAAGAAUGUUUUUGUCAAUUGUUAUAUAUUUAAUCUCAUCAAUAACUUCAGUUUUUGCAAAUAAAUAUGUAUUAAUGGAAAAUGUAAUGGAUACAGUAUUACUAAUAUUUUUACAACAUGUAUCUUGUUUAAUUUUUUUAUUUUUAUUCAGAAAGUAUUUAAGAAAAUUUCAAGACAAAAAUAACUUUCAAGAUUAUUUCUUUUCUUUAUAUGAUGGAAUAAAAAAUAUGUGGCAGUUGAUAAUAUCUUUCAAUCUUACACUAAUAUUUGGGAAUAUUUGUUUAAAAUAUACUAAUGUAUCAUCUUAUCAACUAGCCAGAUCUAUGACAUUACCUUUUAAUUUUCUUUUUUCUUAUUUUUUUUUUAAACAAAUUAAGUUUAAUUGUUUAAUGACACUUUCAUGUAUAUUAGUUUCAAUUGGCUUUUUUGUUUUUUCAAUUGAUGCUAUUAAUACAAACUAUAAAUCUGUAUUAUAUGGUACUAUAGUUUCAAUAAUUCAAGCAAUUCAUUUAAAUUUGUUAAAAGUGAAAUUAAUGAUAUAUAAGGAUAAAAUGAUUAUGAUGCAUUAUAAUUUAAUAUAUUCUUCUAUUAUUUUAUUUAUAUACUUAUUUUUAACUAAAGAUAUAUUUAUCAUAUUUACAUUGAAUUAUAGAAUUUUAUUUUUUCUUUUUUUAUCUUGUAUAUCUUCAAUUUGUGUAACAUUCUCAUCUUUUUUGUGUAUUUAUUAUACAGAUAAUGUUGUUUUUAAUAUGUUUGGAAAUGUUAAAUCAACUAUUCAGACAUUUUUAAGUAAGUUUUAUUAUUCUGAAAAAUUUAAUUUAAAUACAGUAAUAGGUAUAAUACUAACUACAAUAGGUUCUUUUAUUUAUACAUGUUCAAGUGAAUAUGCAAAAAAAGAGAAAAUCAAUUAG